CGCUCGCCUACCAGUGGCCGAGUCUACAGCCAGACUUAAAGCAGUGGCUAACACACAAGGGAAGCGAAGAUAAUACACUCAUCGAGAAGCAAAGAGAGGAAAGAAUUUAAGAGGAAAAAGUGAAGUGUUCGUAGAAAUACUGUUUAAAAGAAGAUGAGCUUUCUAUCGCCGACGAUCCAUUACAAGAUUGCACGCAACAUGUCGGGGCCUUUAGCUGUCGUGACCAUGAUGGUGCUGGUCAUCACCGUCUCCGUCCUCGGCCUCAGCAACAGGUCCUUGAGGGCUACCUUGGAGGAGGAGCGCACCCUGUCACUCAAGUCCAUUGUCGAGAAAUCAGACGACCUCUCCUCCUGCAUGACGGAGACAAAGUCACUCGAAGAGAAAAUCAAGGAACUGACGGAGCAGCAGGCGAAGCUCACAAGCGAAGUCAAGGAACGAUCGGAAGAACUGAACCAGUUGCAAGAACAAGCCCUCGAGAACCAGAAAAUGACUGAGGAAAUCAAUGACCUGAACGCGAGGAUCCACCAGCUGACGGUGGACGGGGAACAGCUCGAGGGAAAGCUCCAGUCGGCGCAGAAGCAAGUAGGAGCCCUCGAAGCCACCAGGAAGGACCUCAGCGAACAGCUCGCCACGGCGCAGAAGGAGAUCGCGGACGCCAACGCUAAAGCAGGCAACGCUAUUCCUCAAGACAAGCCUGCUCCAGUGGUCGAGACUGCUCCGGCGGCCCAGCCUGCAGUUUAAUUCGAAAGGGAGAAAGGAGCAUUCAACGCUAAACACAGACGUGGAGACAGAGGGAAACCAUCCACUGAAAAGGAAGGAAUUAGGCAAAAAUAAAAAACUGACUCCUUUUAUUUCAUUUAUUCAUAACUAUUACAAUUUAUUUAUGUUGUACACGUCGGAUGUGUGCCUGUUAGCUUUAAAGAUUGUCUGUGUAACCUAUGUCAAUUUAUAUUUUUGCGAACAGUAGGUUUAUAGUGACAUUUUAUUUUACGAUGAUUCAUGAAUCAGUUGCACGCUUUUGUUUGCAAUUUGAUGUAAAUGUAUUGGUAUAUCUCAGAGUGUAUUGUUGAUAACAUAUGAUAUAUGUCUUGUAUCGUGUGCAUCUUAAUCAAAAAGGUAUACGAUAAUGCAAACACACACACACACACACACACACACACACACACACACACACACACACACACACACACACACACACACACACACACACACACAAACACACACACACACACACACACCCACACCCACACACACACACACACACACACACACACACACACACACACUCACAAAUAAAAGAGUAAACCUUCCCAUUA